CCCGUUGCUCCCCUAACCCUGCUUUAAGAUGGCUUUCAGAACUGGACAUGUUUUCAGAUACCUUCUGAAUAUUUUGUUGGAAUACCGGUCAUAAUCGGAUGGUGUGUGGAAAUUAGAUCGGAUUUAAGGGGGUUGUGGUGUCCGUUCUCGACGACACACAUUCAGUUUCCCUUCGGCAGUCUGCACGGCGCUCGACACCACUGGCUGUAGUGUCGAGGUUGUAAAUAUUAUCAGCUCUCCAGUCAGACUCCAUCUAGACCAGUGCUUCUGAUAAAAAUGGCCACCAUGGAGAAGCUGAUGAAGGCGUUUGAGUCGCUCAAAUCAUUCCAGCAGCAGCAAGGCCCGCUGUCGGCCGAGGAGCUCGUCCAGAAACAAAAAAAAGACCUUGCUACAACCAAAAAGGACAGAGUGACUCAUUGCCUGACGAUAUGUGAAAACAUUGUGGCACAGUCGCUGAGGACAUCUCCAGAGUUCCAGAAACUUCUCGGAAUCGCUAUGGAAAUGUUCUUGUUGUGCAGUGACGACAAGGAGUCUGACGUCAGGAUGGUGGCAGAUGAGUGCCUCAACAAAAUCAUCAAAGCAUUGAUGGAUUCCAACUUGCCUAGGCUGCAGCUUGAACUGUACAAAGAGAUUAAAAAGAUGCUGUUGAGGGCCUUUGUUGCCAAUCUGAAGUCCAGUUCUCCUACUAUUCGCCGAACAGCGGCCAGCUCGGCUGUCAGCGUGUGUCAGCACUCACGCAGAACACACUACUUCUACACCUGGCUCCUCAACGUGCUGCUCAGUUUGGUAGUGCCAGUGGAUGAGGAACAUUCCAGUCACCUGAUUCUGGGUGUAUUACUGUCGUUGCGCUACCUGAUGCCUCUUCUUCAGCAGCAGGCUCCUAACACCAGCCUGAAGGGCAGCUUUGGUCUUGUUCGUAAAGAGGCAGACAUCACCCCUACACCUGAGCAGCUCAUUCAGGUCUAUGAACUGACCCUGCACUACACGCAGCACUGGGAUCAUAAUGUGGUGACAGCAUCUUUGGAGCUUCUGCAGCAGGUGUUUCGCACUCCUCCCCCUGAGCUCUUGAACGCACUCAUCACACGUGGCAAAAUAUCACACACCAGUGUCUUUAGAGAAGAGACAGAGUGCCGUGCACGAAGUGGCAGCAUCCUCGAGCUUAUUGCUGGUGGGUCAACAUGCAGUCCUCUCCUCCUCAGGAAGCAGAAAGGUAAGCUGUUGUCAGGUGAAGAGGAGGGUUUGGAAGAUGACCCUGAGAGGGCAGAGGUCACCACAGGAUCAUUCUCUGCCUCGGUUGGUGGCGACAGCUCCAGUGAAGCUCCCUCCUCAUCAGGUGUUUCGUCUCUUGGCACAUCAGACAUCAUCACAGAGCAGCCACGCUCCUCCCAGCAUGCCUUGCAGCCGGGAGACUCAGUGGACCUGAGUGCAUCAGAGCAGGGUGUAGGGCCUGAUACUCCAGAUGAGGAAGACGAGGAGGACAUGCUAAGUCGCAGCUCAAGUGGGGGCGCUGGGGUCGUCAGCACGUCCGGUGACUUAGUAACCGAUGGGAACCAGAUGUCGAUGGGAGCAGUGUCGUCGCCCCCUAGUGAUAGUUCCCAGACGACUACGGAGGGGCCAGACUCCGCCGUGACGCCUUCAGACUGCGCCGAGCUCGUAAGUGUCACCAGCAGAUGCUAUCGGAACUAUUCACCACCUUCCCCAACUCCCACAGAAGGGCCGGACGCGCUCUCUGACAGCGAGUUAUCUAUCUACAGGCCAUCCUCUUCCUCCUCCUCUACCUCGACUUCUUCCUCCACCUUUUCUGCCAUCUCUUCCUCUAGCAGUAGUGACCAGGUGCUGGAUGGCAGUGAUAGUCAGUACUCAGGGAUGCAGAUCGGCACACUGCAGGAUGAGGAAGAGGAGGGCGCAGCUCCACCGCCUGAUAAAUCUCCAGAGCCUUUCUCUCAGUCAGCACUGGCUUUAAGUAAGCCGCAUCUUCUGGAGGGAAAAGGUCACAACAGGCAAUCAUCUGAUAGCAGUGUGGAUCGAUUCAUACCAAAGGAAGAGGUUCUGGAACCCGCAGAACUCGACAACAAGCCAUCUAGGAUUAAAGGAGAUAUUGGUCACUAUACUGACCCAAAGGAAGAGCCUCUGGUGCACUGUGUCCGGCUGUUGGCUGCCUCCUUCCUGCUCACCGGCCAAAGAAAUGGUCUGGUUCCUGAUAAUGAGGUCCGUGUGAGCGUUAAGGCAUUAGCCGUUAGCUGUGUGGGGGCAGCAGCAACUCUUCUACCCGAAGCCUUCUUCAACAAACUCUACUUGCAGCCACUAGAAGGACAAGAACCAGAUGAGCAACAGUACAUCAGUGAUAUACUGCAGUACAUUGAACAUGGGGAUCCUCAGAUCAGAGGAGCCACAGCCAUCCUGUGUGGGGCUUUAAUCCAAGCCAUCCAGCUCAAUACACGCUACAACACGGAGACAUGGCUGUCCCAGAUCCACUCCUUCACAGGAAACUCUAUGACACUCGAAAACUUUGUGCCUCUGCUGCAGCGAAGUCUGAAAGAUGAAUCUUCAGUCACAUGUAAAAUGGCCUGUGCUGCUAUUAGGCACUGUAUCAUGGCGUUGUGCAGUGGCAGUCUAAGUGAACUUGGCCUGCAGCUGCUCAUUGAUCUGCUGACCCUGAAGGACUGCUCCUAUUGGCUGGUUCGCACUGAGCUUUUGGAGACGCUUGCUGAGAUUGAUUUCCGGUUAGUAAGUUUCUUGGAGAGAAAAACUGAGAAGUUGCACAAAGGAGAGCAUCACUAUACCGGGUUGUUGAGGCUCCAGGACAGGGUUCUAAAUGAUGUUGUGCUUUAUCUGCUGAGCGAUGAGGACCCGCGUGUGAGACAUGUGGCAGCAAACACCAUCAGCAGGUUGGUGCCCAGGCUGUUCUUUGACUGUGACCAGGCUCAGACAGACCCGGUUGUGGCCAUAGCUCGAGAUCAGAGCAGUGUGUACCUGCAGCUGCUAAUGCACGAGACCCAGCCUCCAUCACAGUUCACUGUCAGCACUAUUACACGAACAUACCGUGGCUACAGUCUGGGUCAGAGCACACCGGAUGUUACAGUGGAGAACAACCUAUCUCGGGUCAUUGCUGCCAUCUCCCACGCCCUCACCUCUUCCACUUCCAGAGCCACCACCUUUGGCUGUUGUGAGGCUCUGUGCCUUUUGUCCAGCACCUUCCCAGUGUGCACUUGGAGCACAGGCUGGCAUUGUGGCUUUGUGUGCUCUUCUGUCUUUCAUCUCAACCGCUCCAGCCAGUACCGCAGCCGAGGACGUUCCUUUAGUCUCUCUCAGCCUUGUGGUAGUGAGGACAUGCGCCGGUCUCUGACGGUCGGUGUGGCCAGUAUGGUUUUGUCUCUCAUCUCCUCUGCAUGGUUCCCUCUUGAUCUGUCUGCCCAUCAGGCUGCUCUGCUACUGGCUGGAAACCUUCUCGCGGCUGUUGCACCAAAGUGCAUGAAGAGCCCGUGGGCAGGUGAGGAAGAGUCUAACCCCACCCCCUCAAAGGUAGAGGAGGCGUGGUCUGCUCUUAACGACCGCUCUCUGGUUGUUAUGGUGGAGCAGCUGUUCUCCCACCUGCUGAAAAUCCUUAACAUCUGUGCCCAUGUGCUGGAUGACACACCCCCAGGACCUGCGGUCAAGGCUACUUUACCCUCAUUGGGCAACACUCCAUCUCUCAGUCCAAUCAGACGGAAGGGUAAAGAGAAGGAGAUGACGGAGCCGAGCACCACCCCCAUGAGCCCAAAGAAAGGAGGAGAAGCCAACACAGGCAGAUCGGCGGACAGCACAGCGACACCAGCAGUUAACAAAUCCACCACUCUGGGCAGCUUUUAUCACCUCCCUCCUUAUCUGAAGCUUUAUGAUGCACUGAGAGCUACACAUGCUAACUACAAAGUCACAUUAGACCUUCACAACACUAAUGAGAAGUUUGGGAGUUUCCUGAGGUCGGCGCUUGAUGUCCUUUCACAACUGCUUGAGAUGGCCACCCUGCAUGAUAUUGGCAAAUGUGUCGAAGAGAUCCUGGGUUACCUCAAGUCCUGUUUCUCACGGGAACCCACUAUGGCCACUGUGUGUGUUCAGCAGCUGUUGAAGGCAUUGUUUGGGACCAAUCUUGCAUCUCAGUAUGAGGGGGCUUCAUCUCACCCAUGUCGGUCCCAGGGCAAGGCCCUCCGGCUCGGCUCGACCAGUGUCAGACCCGGCCUCUACCAUUACUGUUUCAUGGCCCCAUACACUCACUUUACCCAGGCCCUCGCGGAUGCCAGCCUCAGAAACAUGGUGCAAGCUGAACAAGAACAGGACGCCUCUGGGUGGUUUGAUGUCAUGCAAAAAGUCUCCAAUCAACUGAGGUCAAGUAUCACCAAUGUUACUCGCCACCGAGGAGACAAGAAUGCCAUUCAUAAUCACAUCCGUUUGUUUGAGCCGCUGGUGAUAAAGGCUCUGAAGCAGUACACCACCAGCACCUCAGUGGCCCUACAAAGACAGGUGCUGGACCUACUCACCCAACUUGUGCAGCUCCGGGUCAACUACUGUUUGCUUGAUUCAGACCAGGUAUUCAUUGGUUUCGUGCUGAAGCAGUUUGAGUAUAUUGAAGUGGGGCAGUUCAGGCACUCUGAAGAGAUUGUGCCUAACAUUUUCUUUUUCCUGGUUCUGCUGUCCUAUGAGCGCUACCACUCCAAACAGAUCAUCAGCAUCCCAAAGAUCAUACAGCUGUGUGACGGCAUUAUGGCCAGCGACAGGAAGGCAGUAACACACGCAAUCCCUGCACUGCAGCCUAUAGUACACGACCUCUUUGUGCUGCGGGGCUCCAAUAAAGCAGAUGCAGGGAAGGAGCUGGACACUCAAAAGGAGGUGGUGGUGUCUAUGCUACUACGCCUCAUACAACACCAUCAGGUGCUGGAGAUGUUUAUUCUAGUCCUACAGCAGUGCCAUAAAGAGAAUGAAGAUAAGUGGAAGAGGCUUUCACGACAGAUUGCUGACAUCAUCCUUCCAAUGAUCGGCAAACAGCAAAUGCACCUGGACUCCCAUGAGGCUUUGGGUGUGUUAAACACACUGUUCGAGACAGUGGCUCCCUCCUCUCUGCGGCCUGUGGACAUGCUACUGAAGAGCAUGUUCAUCACACCUUCUACACUAGCAUCAGCGUGUACGGUGCAGUUGUGGGUGUCUGGGAUUCUCGCAAUCCUGCGCGUCCUCAUCUCACAGUCCACAGAGGACAUCAUUCUGUCUCGUAUUCAGGAGCUUUCUUUGUCGCCAUACCUCCUUUCCUGUCCCACCAUCGGUCGAUUGUGUGACGAUGACCCCUCCCCUCCUGAAGCCCCGCCCACCACCAUGGAAGACGCCAAUGAAGAGCCGCAGCGCGUCCCUCCUGAGGAAACGUUUGCUAGGUUCUUAUUGCAGUUAGUGGGGGUGUUGCUGGAUGAUAUCGCCACUAAACAGGUGAAAGUUGAUAUGAGUGAACAACAGCACACGUUCUACUGUCAGCAGCUGGGCACAAUGCUCAUGUGUUUGAUCCACAUCUUCAAAUCAGGAAUGUUCCGGCGAAUCACGGCAGCGGGCAGCAGGCUGUUGAAGGCAGAGGAAGAGGAAGGGGGUAAUUUUUAUGCUUUGGAGGGUUUGAACAGCCUGGUGCUCCAGCUCAUCACUACACACCCAUCUCUGGUCCUGCUCUGGUGUCAGGUCCUUCUCAUCAUCAACUACACCAACUACACCUGGUGGUCAGAGGUGCAUCAGACACCCAGGAGGCACAGUCUGUCCAGCACUAAGCUGCUGAGUCCGCACUCAUCUGGAGAGGAGGAGAGACCCGAGGGGAAGUUGGCUAUGUGUAACAGAGAGAUCGUCCGACGAGGAGCACUUAUCCUCUUCUGUGACUAUGUGUGUCAAAACCUGCAUGACUCUGAGCAUCUGACGUGGCUGACAGUGAAUCAUGUGAGUGAUCUGAUCAGUCUUUCCCAUGAGCCUCCAGUGCAGGAUCUCAUCAGUGCUGUGCACCGAAAUUCGGCAGCCAGCGGACUCUUCAUACAGGCUAUACAAUCACGCUGCGACAACCUUUCUACUCCGGUAAUGCUGAAGAAGACCCUGCAGUGUCUGGAGGGCAUUCAUCUAAGUCAGUCUGGGGCUCUGCUAAUGCUAUACGUGGACAAGCUACUCAACACGCCGUUCCGUGUGCUGGCUCGCAUGGUGGACACACUCGCCUGCAGACGUGUGGAGAUGCUGCUUGCCGAGACCUUGCAGAAUAGUAUCGCUCAGCUGCCACUGGAGGAGCUGGACAGGAUUCAGCAGUACCUGCAGACCAGUGGCCUUGCGCAAAGGCAUCAGCGGUUCUACUCCCUACUGGACAGGUUCAGAGCCACUGUUGCUGAAGAUACCACGAGCCCUGCCGCCCCCAUCACCUCGCACCCACUGGAUGGGAACCUGCCCCCUCCCCCUGAAUAUGUGGAACCCAAUAAAGAUUGGUAUGUUGCUCUGGUGAAAUCUCAAUGUUGUUUGAGACGUGAAGGAGCUCUAUAUGAAACUACAGAGCUGCUGACAAAACUUCCUCAAUCUGACCUGAACGCAAUCAUGACCUGCAAGGACUUUAACUUGUGUCUGCUGGCUUCAUGUCUGAGUGUUGGGGUACAGAGGGUGUGUAAGAAUCAUGGGAAGGUUAUAUUUGACACAGCUCAACAGGUGGCCUUCGAGCGAUUGGCUGGUGUCAUUGAGCUCCUCCCUUCCCCUCAUCAGACCCUCCUACCCUCCUCCAAAAUGUGUGCGGACUAUUGGCAAAAGCUUAAUCAAGUCUACAGUGAGCCUGGGUUUUAUCAGACAGUGUUGAGUCUGUGUGGCGUGUUGAGUCAGUACCUGCUGUCUCUGUCCAAACUGCCGUCAUCACUGCACAUUCCCAAAGACAAAGAGACAAUCAUUACCACCUUCAGCACCCUCGCCAUAGAGGUGGUGGUUUGGCGUUUGCUGCAGGAUCAGCUGCCUCUGAGUGUGGACAUGCAGAUGAGUCUGUCGUGUCUGUGUCUGGCUCUCCAGCAGCCGGCGGUGUGGACACACUUCGCCUCACACACCUACCUCACACACACCUGCUCCAUUGUCCACUGUAUACAGCUCCUCAUCCACGCAGUCGCUGUUGGUCCUGGUGACCAGCUUCUGACGCCGGAGCGGAAAACAGAGCAGUCAGAAGACCAGUUGGACUCUGCAGAUAAACAACUUGAAUGGCGGUGUUGUGAGAUCAUGGCUGAGCUGGUUGAAGGUCUGCAAAGUGUGCUGGCUCUGGGUCACCACAGAAACAAGAACAUUCCAGCGUUCCUUACACCUACCCUACGGAAUGUCAUCAUCAGCCUGGCCAGGCUGCCCAUUGUGAACAGCUACACCCGAAUCCCACCACUGGUCUGGAAGCUGGGCUGGUCCCCCAGGCCGAGUGGAGAAUUUGGCACAGCAUUGCCAGAGAUCCCUGUAGAGUUCCUGCAGGAGAAAGAUGUCUUCAGAGAGUUCCUCUACCGCAUUAACACUCUGGGUAUGAGAGACAAGAAGCACCGUGCUGGGGUUGACAUCCAUUCCUGCUCUCAGUUCCUUCUGGAGCUCUACAGUCAGUGGAUCCUGCCUGGAAGCCCCAGUAGCAAGAAGACUCCUGUUGUGCUCCUCAGUGAGGUGGUCAGAUCGCUGCUGGCAGUGUCUGAUCUCUUCACUGAGAGGAAUCAGUUUGAUAUGAUGUUCUCUACUUUGACUGAGCUGCAGAAGGUCCAUCCACCAGAAGAUGAGAUUCUCAACCAGUACCUCGUGCCAGCUAUCUGCAAAGCAGCGGCAGUGCUUGGCAUGGAUAAAGCCAUCGCAGAGCCUGUGUGCCGUCUGUUGGAAAGCACCUUGCGCAGCACUCAUCUGCCCAGUCGAAUUGCCGCUCUUCACGGAGUUCUGUACGUGCUGGAGUGCGACCUACUGGACGAUACGGCACGCCAGCUUAUACCUACCGUCAAUGAAUACCUGCUGUCUAACCUUAGAGCUAUAGCACAAUGUGUGAAUCUACACAACCAACAGCAUGUGUUGGUGAUGUGCGCGGUGGCAUUCUACAUGAUGGAGAACUACCCUCUGGAUGUAGGGUCCGAGUUCAAUGCCGGGAUCAUUCAGCUGUGCUGUAUGAUGCUGUCUGCUAGUGAGGAGGCCACACCAUCCAUCAUCUACCACUGCAUUCUGCGAGGUCUGGAGCGGUUGCUUCUGUCUGAGCAGUUGUCGCGUGUGGACGCAGAGACGCUAGUCAAGCUGAGCGUUGAGCGUGUGAACAUGCCCAGCCCACACCGUGCCAUGGCUGCCCUGGGUCUCAUGCUCACCUGCAUGUACACAGGUGUGGCUGGAGAGGAAGGGAAGGAGAAGGGAAGUCCUGGGCGCCCUGUUGAUGCAGACCCCACAGCUCCUGACAGCGAAUCGGUCAUUGUCGCAAUGGAGCGUGUAUCUGUCCUGUUUGACAGGAUUCGCAAAGGCUUUCCGAGUGAGGUGCGUGUGGUAUCCCGGAUCCUUCCUCAGUUCCUGGAUGACUUUUUCCCACUGCAGGAUGUCAUGAACAAAGUCAUUGGGGAGUUCCUGUCCAAUCAGCAGCCUUACCCGCAAUUCAUGGCUACAGUGGUAUACAAGGUAUUUCAGACACUUCAUGCAACUGGGCAGUCCUCCAUGGUGCGUGACUGGGUGCUACUCUCGCUGUCAAACUUCACACAGAGGACGCCUGUCGCCAUGGCAAUGUGGAGCUUGUCUUGUUUCUUUGUCAGUGCCUCGACCAGUCAGUGGAUCUCUGCCCUCCUGCCUCAUGUCAUCAGUCGCAUGGGGAAGUCCGACACAGUGGAUAUUAGUCUCUUUUGUCUGGUAGCUAUGGAUUUCUACCGACACCAGAUCGAUGAAGAGUUAGACCGCAGGGCCUUCCAGACGGUCUUUGAGAUGGUGGCUUCACCUGGUAGUCCGUAUUACCAAUUACUGUGCUGUUUGCAGAGCAUUCACCAAGACACGUCACUAUAAUACAGAAAACAAUAUUGUAUCAUUAGGAUCUCCAUUACAAAUUAGGCAUCAAAAAGUUGGUAACAGUACUCGAGCGGAAGACAUCACACUUAUCAGAACGUUACAUACCAGGAUGCAUGGCAACAAGAAACAAUUAUCUCUGAUUGGAUGUAUGGACGGUUGCUAUGAAACUGUCCGUGAUACACCAGAGGACAUUAGCCCAAGUAGUUCAUAGUUAUUAGAGACAGUGGGACCAAUCCAAGCAAGGACGAGGCCACACGAACCACAGCACACCAGAAUCUGUAAUCAAAAAAAGUAGUGCUACCAUAAGAAUAUUUUUACUGCUUUCACUGUAUGUCACUUAACGUCUCAAAGUCUAUAUGGAUGCAGGCUUCUCCAUAUUUUGUAUGUAUAAAUGCUCUUCAUCUAGUAUCAAAGAAUGUUACUGUGGCAAAACUGUGAGGCUGGUCGCAAAGGUUAUCAGUUAUGGGGUCAAAACUGCAUGAUGAUGCGUUUCCAUCAUUAGUAACGUAAUAUUCUAAUAUAGAGAAUUUUCAGCUAUGAACAAACUGACUAAAGAACAUAUUGUAGUGAAUGUUCUUACAAACAUGAUGCAAACACUAUUAAAAUAUCUCCUGCACUUCUGGAAUUUAGCAGAUCCAAGAUCAGAUCUUUAAGUCCACAGACCUAGCUACUCCAGUUUACUUAUUGUCCAACCUUGCUAAAAUCAGUACAUCCGGAUAUUUUAUACGAUGCCUGUCUCUACCCUCCUCUCCAACAGUCCAUACUCUCCUGCUCCCUUAAAAAGGAAAGACGCUCGCUUUCGUACACUCGCUACUCCUUCAGUUUAAAAGCAUUCCUUUUGCAUGGGGCGACGCAUUGCUUUGCUCUGUGUUUGCUAGCACUUGAAGCGAAAAUAGAUUGUAAAUUGAAUUUGUGUAUCCCCUCUAAUGUGGGAGAGGUUGCGUACGACUAUUGGUAUGAUAAGAUUUUUGUGUAUUUAAAUGUAAAAUGUGUUUGACUUGCUGAGUAAGAGGGGUGAAUUGCCUGGAA